AUGCCGUUCGACUUCGACGCCGUCAUCCACAAACAAUACGACAUUGUGCCACUGGAUCGCGACUUCAUCCCCUCCAAGCAAGUAGCCAAGCCGCAUAUCCUGUGGGUGGGAUGCUCGGAUAGCUUGACGCUGGAGACGUUCACGCUCGAUGUAUUGCAGGAUGAGAUAUUCGUGCACAGGAACCUGGGCAAUAUUCUGAGUAAUGGCGAUCUGAGCAGUGAAAGCGCCGUGGCGUGGGCUGUGGACUUGCUCAAGGUUGAGCAUAUUGUUGUCUGUGGGCAUUAUGGCUGUGGGUUGACCAAGUCGAAUGAUCCCAAGGCCUUGUAUGGCUGGUCCAAAGAUAUCGCUCGGCUGCAUAAAAUGAACGAAGAGUUCCUGGGCGAGGUGAAAGACAAGUCUGAUGAGAGGAGUCACGAGCAUCGGUUGGAGGAAAUAUACACAUUGGCAGAAGCUGGCUGGCUGAGGAGACAACCGAAUGUGAAGGAGGCGAUUCGAGAGCGGGGGCUACAGAUCCAUGCGUUUGUGUACGAUAGGGAAACGAAUUCGGCUGUACGACUGGUCGAGAUAGAUGAGAAGCGGGAGACAUAA